AUGCGGUGCCUCAUCGGUGUUUGGGGCAAGAGCAAGGCUGCCGCGCUGGCAGCAGUCAUGAUGUACUGCGUGGCGCAGGCACGCGCUUCAACGCGCAAGCAGAGUGAUUGGCGUGCGCGGAUCUCGAUGAAUGGGCGCCGGAAUUUUUCUGAUGCUUUUGGGCUAGUUUGCGAAGCGAAUCCCCGUUUGAAAUUCGAUUACACCGAGCUGAUUUGUGAUGAGGAGCGCACACCGACCCAAGUAUACAACUUGGCGAGCGAGGAUGGUACACCACUGGUCAAGCCUCUUGAAAAGGGAGGGCUUCUUCGCUGGCACUUUGCUGACGGCACGAUGCGCCCGUUUGGCACUGUGCUCUUCGACAUCAUCGUCCGCAACGCCUUUCAGAAGGGAGCUGGCGGGUCGGCUACGGUGGUGAAGGCGUACCACAUCGCCUAUCUGCUGUAUCUGUCGUGCACCACAAGGCUCGUGGCAAACGCAUUCCAACGGAUGCGGAUUGUCAAUGCAGCUGACAUUGCCAGCUACCACCGCAAGGUGAAGGCUGCCAUUCGCAAGACCCUCGAGGAGUCCCCGGAUGACCAGCUUCCUGCAUGGUCGGAGCAGUAUCAGGGGUGGGUGUUUGGACCCACUGAGACCGUGGUGAUCUCGGGCAGCGGCUUCCCCGACCUUGUUCCCGAUGGGGCUGACCCCGAUGCCGCCGAGAAGAAGGAGGUUGCUCUCCUGUUCGAAUAUGCCCAGGUGGAGCCCGAGAAAGGCAAGAAGAAGAAGACGGGUUCCAACAGCAGUGAUGCCACCAUGGAGCGUGAUCUCCUGGAUGAUGUGGGUGAGUGGGAGGAUGCGGAGGAUAGGAUUUUUGAGAUGAAUAUCGGCAGCGGGGUCGCUGAGUGGGUGAACCAGGGCAAAGACUACGGGCGCGGAAAGUACCCCAACUUCUGCAACCCGGGGAUGCAGUGCGGCGGCUACACGCAGGUGGUGUGGCGGAACACGACGAGCGUGGGGUGCGCUCACGUGGAUUGCCAGGAAGGGUGGACGGUUUCGGUGUGCUAUUACUACCCUGCUGACGCGUGCACCACCGCGUUCUGCACGCAGAUACUCGGCGUGCAUAAUACCGCCCGCAGCGCCGUCGGCGUCGCGCCGCUUGUAUGGAAUGCGUCACUGGCGCUGCGCGCGCAGGAAUGGGCGAAAGUAGCGGCGAGCAGCACACAGUGUACGUGGGUCCAGUACGGCGACUUGACCGGCGUGGGGCAGAACCAAGCCUAUGCUGCCUCUGGAUACUUCACAGACAAGGAUAUUGCGCAGAUGGCGUGGGUGGAUGAGGGCCAGUUCUACACGCGGGGGAGAUAUCCCAACACGUGCUCCGCGGGGGGAUGCGCCCACUACACGCAGGUGGUGUGGAAGAAACGACGUCGGUGGGGUGCGGUCGCGUGGAUUGCGCGGCGAGUGGGAAUACGCUGUGGGUGUGCGAUUAUUACCCGCAGGGCACAAGAGAUGCCGUAG